AUGCUAUCCAAGAGAAGCCACCGUAUUUCAACAUCCACACUCAACUUUGUUACUCGGUUCAUUUGGAAUGAUCACAAACCCUCAAAGCGUCCCGAAAAUGAGGCUCUUGCAGACGCAUUAAAUCUUCUUACGAAACCAACAACGCAAUCCACAUACAAACCAUCAUUGUUCAAGUCGUUGACUGAAGGAUCUGUCGAUGAACAGUUAUCGAAGGCGCCGCCAAAAGUGCACAUUAAACAUGAACCACACAUAAGUGAGCAUUUUGUAAACAAUUUAUUGUGGGGAAUCAAGUCUUCUUUGUUGGACUCACAAAUCAACCAUUCACAACUUUUGAAUGAUAUGUCCGCUGAGGAGUUGAGUAGCUACACCAAAAGAGUUAAAAACAUGGCCCUGUUGCGUGAAAUUGUACAACUUUUCUAUAACCAUGAUAGAUUGACACCGCGAAUAUUAACUGACGUUUUAUUGAACAAAUCAUUAAAGAGUUUAGACAAUUUCCCUAUCGAUUUGAAUAAAUUUGAAGGGAUAAAAGGGGUCGAUAACAGAGCAGUACUACACUUGAAGAUUAUCAUGUUGAAGAAGUACUAUGAUUUGAAUCAACCAUUAGAUAUCAUACGAAACUUGAAGUCCAAUUUUGCUGCAAGCUAUCUUCCACUAAUUGAGAGCCACCAACUCACCCCCUUUUAUGAACGAAUUGUGUGGCGGUUUGUUUUUGAAUAUUUGCGACAGUAUAACGAAGAGUACUAUAUAAAAUCGUUGAAGUCGCUUCAGUCUAGUUUUCUCAUUUGGGAAUCGUCGUCUUACACGGCAAAUCAAUCAAUUGCACAACUUAUCUUGGAGAAUCAUGGUGAAUUGACGAAACUACAAGUUUUGUUUUUGAAAAUUGCAAGCUCUGCAAGAACCUUCGAUGUUCCAAAGUUGAGGAAGAUAUCCAUCAAGUACAAGCUUCACAAGUUGAAACAACAAGAAGAUAGGAAGUUGCUCUAUGCUGUGCUUAAUGAGUUGGAAAACCUUUUAAUCGCGUCACAACCGAACAACACGAAGUCUUUGCUUGAAGAAUUGGCCUUGUACAGACUCGAGUUAGUUCAAGAUGUGUACAACAGGCCUGUAGAGCCGCUAGAGAGUUUGGAGUGGAGCAAAGCUUAG